CUCACCGCCGCCCAUAUUCAACUGCGCCACCCUUCGCCGCUGCUUUCCCGGUUCCGCCGCAAACCAUCGUCUACCUCUCCGCCACUUACUGCCCAGGUUUCUUUCUUUGCUUUCCUUGGCUAAUUUGUUUCUUAAUUCAGUAUCAAUAAAAGUACCGCAACGAAGCUCGUGAUGCAGUAAAAAGUAUAUUUGCAAGUUAAUUGAUUCUCAUGGAAACUUCUGUUGAUUAUGCAACAAGGGAAGAAAAUGGAAUUGCAGCAUAUAAGAAAUAUACAGUUGUAUUUAUUUUGGGUGGUCCAGGAAGUGGAAAGGGCACCCAAUGUGCAAAAAUUGUCGAGCAUUUUGGCUAUACUCAUCUCAGUGCUGGGGAUCUUCUCCGAGCAGAAGCCAAAUCCGGCUCUGAAAAUGGAACCAUGAUUCAGAACAGGAUGAAGGAAGGUAAGCUUUUACCCACCGGGGUAACAAGCAAGCUUCUUGAGAAAGCAAUGCUAGAAAGUGGCAAUGACAAAUUUCUAAUUGAUGGUUUUCCUCGUAAUGAAGCAAAUCGUGUGGCAUUUGAAUCUGAUACCAAAAUUGAGCCAGAAGUUGUUUUGUUUUUUGAUUGUUCUCAAGAAGAGAUGGAGAGUCGCCUUUUAAGUAGGAACCAGGGAAGAGAAGAUGACAACAUUGAGACAAUUAGGAAGCGGUUUAAAGUUUUUCUAGAGUUUAGUAUCCCUGUGGUGAAGUACUAUGAAUCCAAGGGAAAAGUUCGGAAGAUUGAUGCUUCACAACCAAUUGAGGAGGUAUUUAAGGAUGUUAAAGCCAUUUUUGCCCCAAAGCAUGACAAGGCUUCUGUAUAGGAGAUGUAGACGGUGUAGGGAUUGGAGUGAGUAUCUAUAUGAAGGUAAUGUUUGUGUAAGAUGUGUUCAUUUGAAGCUGGUUUCUCCUUUGAGAACUGAAACAGCAUGCUUUUGUGGAAUAGAUGUAAUGUGAUAGUAGUUAUAUUCCUUUUCAGGUGAUGUGUUAUAUGUCGAUUGGUUUCGUAUAUGAGGAAUAUACCUCUUUAUUCUUGUUA